AAAAAGAAUAACUCCACCUCCAAACAAAUAGAAGUAUUAUCACUUACAGUAGAAUGUGCAUUUCCUCUUGUCUCACAAUGUCUCCACACAGCAUGACUCUCCUGCUUACAUGCACCUUGUUUGGUGUAGGUUACGGCCAACUCAACUGUAGUUUUGAUAUUCUGAUCAACAAUUUGUCCUUCCCAAGCUUAAGUAUUCGACCAGUAAAAAACUGGAGAACUGCAACUGAAAUACAAAUUGAAAUGACUCUGUACAACAUCAUUGAUCUGGAUACAAGCUUGCAAUCUCUUACUACAUUAGUUUGGUUCGGCAUGACAUGGAAAAAUGAAUUUAUACAAUGGGAGCCACAACAAUAUUGUUCCAUCAAGAAAAUCUUUUUGUCUAACGUUUCAUAUUGGCAGCCAGACCUGUAUAUUUAUGAGAGGAUACAAAGUGAAGACAAAUCUCCCUCAGUGCCAUUCUAUUCUAUUCAGUACAAUGGAUUAACUACAAGAGAAAUGCCACUUCGGAUUGUUAGUUCCUGUACAGUAGACGUCUUCAAGUUUCCUUUUGACACCCAAAAGUGUAACAUUACAUUUGGUUCAUAUAUCCACCAAGUUCAACAGAUUGACAUGUAUACAUUAUCUAACUCCUCUGAGGUUCUCAGCUCUACAAAAGAUGUAAUGGUUAUGAAUGAUGACUGGGACUUGUUAAGUAUCACAGUGACAAACAAUACCUUGGAUGUUAACGGAGAAAUCUACAGUACAGUAAGCUAUGAGAUAACAAUAAAGAGAGAACCUGCAAUUUACAUUAUCACACUUAUAGCUCCAGCUUGCUUCAUGGUUAUUUUGGAUAUUACCAGCAUGUUCAUACAAAUGGAUUCUGGGCAAAGACUUGGUUUCAAAAUAACCAUUGUGUUGGGCUUCUCUGUGCUCCUUUCCAUUCUGAACACCAUGCUCCCAACUUCUGACAUGGUUCCAGUUUUAGGUAUAUUUUGCUGUGUGGUUAUGGCUGUCAUGGUGUUCAGUAUAAUGGAAUGCAUUGCUAUCUCCUACAUGGUAAUGUUAUCUAAAUCUAAACCUACUAUCCCAUCCUGGAUAAAAACUUGGAUCUUGAGGUACCUGGCACGUGCUCUCUUCUUUAAAGAAAAAUUCUUCAUGAAAUAUGGGAUCAAGCUUUCAGAAAAAGAAACAAAUGUUAAUACGAGGGUAUUAGAAGAACAAAGCAUGGCAACUAAAAGAAAGCCUCAAAAUGACAACGAACAUAACAAUAUGGUGGAAAAGCUGUUAAAGAAGCUUCUGAAAGAAGUCUUAAAGAUCCAUAAGAAAAUUGUUGAUUCUAAGGAAAUUGGUCAUAUCAAGACAGAAUGGCAUGCUGUAGCCCUUGUUUUGGAGCGACUUGUCCUCUUUAUAUACCUCCUCACUGUAUUCAUUUUAUUUGCUGUUGUGAUCAUUAUCUGGUCAACAUAAAGCACAUAGGUAGUCUAUGGUACCAAAUUCAGGCUCUGCCACCAACUGUUAUCACUAAGGAUGUUAAGGCUUAAACAGUACAACUGUUCUCUAAAAAUACGUCUUAAAGGGAACCUGUCAGCCCAUAUGCAUGCUAAGAUUCGCAGACAGAGGGCCUCAUUUACUAAGCUGAAACUGACCAGUUUUGGUCGGGAUUUUUUUGGCGCAGAGUGUCUGAGACAUGUCAGUACCAGGCUGUGCCAGUGUGCGACAAACCCAACAUUACACUGUGAGAAGCUGCAAAGGGGGCGUGGUCUGUGGCAGAGGGGGGGUGACUGAUCCAAAAGGGGCGUGGUUUCACAACCCGACCUAUUUACUAUUGAAUUCACAGAAAAUCCUGUGGAUAAAUGGCUUGAAAUUUCCACCUAGAAAAAGCUGGUCAGAGAAUUUUCCCGACUUUUCCCUAUAGCAAAUAAAGAGGAAUCCUACAAGUCUGAAACAACAUUUCCCACUAGUAAAAACCCGACACUCUUAGUAAAUGAGGCCCAAUGUGUGUGUGUUCUAACAUCAUUU